AUGUCCCCAGUCCUGGCCUGGCGGUCACUAAGUAACAGACAAUAUGCUGCUAUGUCCCCAGUCCUGGCGGUCACUAAGUCACAGACAAUAUGCUGCUUUGUCCCCAGUCCUGGCCUGGCGGUCACUAAGUCACAGACAAUAUGCUGCUAUGUCCCCAGUCCUGCCAUGGCGGUCACUAAGUCACAAACAAUAUGCUGCUAUGUCCCCAGUCCUGCCAUGGCGGUCACUAAGUCACAAACAAUAUGCUGUUAUGUCCCCAGUCCUGUCAUGGCGGUCACUAAGUCACAGACAAUAUGCUGCUAUGUCCCCAGUCCUGGCGGUCACUAAGUCACAGACAAUAUGCUGCUAUGUCCCCAGUCCUGCCAUGGCGGUCACUAAGUAACAGACAAUAUGCUGCUAUGUCCCCAGUCCUGGCGGUCACUAAGUCACAGAAAAUAUGCUGCUAUGUCCCCAGUCCUGCCAUGGCGGUCACUAAGUCACAGACAAUAUGCUGCUAUGUCCCCAGUCCUGCCAUGGCGGUCACUAAGUCACAGACAAUAUGCUGCUUUGUCCCCAGUCCUGUCAUGGCGGUCACUAAGUCACAGACAAUAUGCUGCUUUGUCCCUAGUCCUGCCAUGGCGGUCACUAAGUCACAGACAAUAUGCUGCUUUGUCCCCAGUCCUGGCCUGGCGGUCACUAAGUAA